UCCAAAUAAUUAUCAAUUUUAAUCUAUAGCUUAAAAAUAAAUAUUCGUAUCAUAACGAAAACCAACCUAAUUGUCAUCUUUUACUGUACAAAUUGGCGCGUAAAAAUAGAAGAGCGUCUUAAAAGGUUACUGCGUUUUUACGGAUAAAUAUCACCUGAAAAAUGACUAGCCGCCUCGAGACAAAGUACGAUAACCUAAGUAGCCACUUCCGGCUCAAGGGACACGACUACCAAAAGCAGUUCUGCCACCUUUAUGCCCACCGCCUGGCCGAGAUGACCCGUCUGCUGACGCCACUGGCCCAAAAAAAGUGGGGUAACAAAGAGCCUAUAAAGAAACUGUGCGAACUACGCGGAGAACAGGACGUACACUGCAUCCUUAUCGGCACCAUCUACAAGCACCAGGCGCACAAGCCGAGCAUUCUGCGGGACAUCUCCGAGGAGAACCAAUUGGCGCCGCAGCCACCGCGCCAAAACUACUCGGAGCCUGAUGACAAGAUUGUGCUGGAGGAUGAGCUGCAGCGGGUGCGCUUGCAGGGCGAGGUAAAGAGUGAGCUCAUGGCCACCGGUGUUGUGUGCGCCGCCCUUGGUGGAACCGACAGCGAGGGGUUCUUCAACGUGGAGGACAUUCUCUUUUACGAAAGUGGGCCCCAAAAGCCACUGGCCACAAGAAAGAUUAGUCGCCUGCUGGUACUGGCCUCUGGAUUGGACCAACUACAGGCCCACAACUUUGCGGAUGCCCUGAAUCUUUUCCAGUACUGGCUGGCUGGUAAUCUGGGGAAUGGCAAAGAAGCCGGCUCUAUGGUGCGGCUCAUUGUGGCCGGAAACUCAGUGAGGGCCAGUGCCGUGGCCCAUGUUCCCACGCUCCAGGUGGCCCGCACGCAGGCGAAUGCCAACGAUACCGUCCAGGCCAUAACCCAGUUGGAUCAGUGGUUUGCCUCGUGGGCACGUUGUCUACCGGUGGAUUUAAUGCCGGGUGCCUACGAUCCGGCCAACUUUAUGCUGCCCCAGCAGCCGUUUCACAAGUGCAUGUUCCCGGAGGCCGCUCAACUGGCUUCCUUUCAGGCGGUGACCAAUCCGUACUGCUGCCAAUUGGACGAGACCCUGGUGAUAGGCAGCUCCGGCCAGAAUGUCUCUGAUUUGCUGCGCAGCACUUCGCUGGAUUCCUCUUUGCAGGCCCUGCGAUGUACCCUCACCUGGGGCCACAUUGCACCCACUGCUCCGGAUACGCUAGCCUGCUACCCGUACAUCGACAGCGACCCAUUCAUCAUGCGCGAGUGUCCGCACGUGUAUUUCGCCGGCAACUGCGAGUCCUUUGAGACCGCACUGCAUGAGGGCUCCCAGGGCAAAAAAACGCGCCUGGUGUGCGUACCCAGCUUCAGCAAGACGCAAAGUGUGGCCGUGGUGGAUCUGGACACGCUUGACUGCCACCAGAUUAACUUCAGCGUGGAUGCAGAAUGAUAGAUUAAGUUAAUAUACAUAAUAAACACGUUUAAUUUUGAAAA